UACGAGUUGGACACUUGUCAAGGUAAACUAUAAAGGAACGGAGCCGGAAAGCUCGCAUCAUCGGCUUUAUAGCGAUACAUUUAGCCGGCGAAUCUGACUAUUCUAUGUGAACUUGUGGACUCAUACUAAAUUAUUUAAAUAAUUUUCUCGUGCCUUUUUGGUCGUUUUUCUAUGUCUACUUGAUUUUCAUUGUCUCUUGGUCGCAUCACAAAAGAUGAAUUCGACAGGCAGCGUCUCUAGCUCUCCAGACUUUGUUCCCAGUGACGUGUUCGUAGAAGAGCAGGGAGGUAGUGGCCGACCCAGCACGUCCUGUACCAAAGAUAAACACAUACCAAACUCUGGACAAUGCUUACUGGCUCAUUCAAAUCACUCUACAACGGAAAAGUCUGCAGCCUCACCGGGAGACCUGGCGUUUGCUCAAAAAUGUGCAGAUCUGCAGAGGUUUCAUCGGCCCUUGCUGGAGCUUCUUCAUGGACUCAAAAGUGGUCGGUUUGACAAAGGCCUGACCAGUUUUCAGCAGAGCAUUGCCAUCGACAGACUGCAAAGGAUUGUGGGUAUUUUGCAGAAGCCUGAAAUGGGUGAGAAAUACCUUCACAACCUGCUGCAGAUUGAAGUAAUGCUGAAGGCCUGGUUUCCCCAACACAACACAAAAUCAAAUCAGACCAAAGCAACAAAGCAUUCUCAUCACUGGUGCCAAAACCAGCUGCAUAUCCCAGUCAAGGUUUGUGUUUUCUGAUGUAGCCACCCUGCUUGUCCCCAGUGUAGAUGGUACUGCAUUGUUCCACAGUAUGGCAUUAAACAUAUUUAUCUCUGUGGACACAAGCAGGUGACGCCACCAGGCCAAAGUAUAGGUCAGAUCUGUGGAGAGGUACAAUAUAUGUUUUGCUAGCCAUUCAAUCACAUGUAUUUCAGUUGCAAGCUAGUGGUAGAUCCCCCACCAUAAAAGUUACGUAGUGCACCAUUAAAUUGCCUCCACUUCUUUACCAUUGAAA